AUGUUUCUACUUGCGUUUCUAGGGCAACUUUUCGCACCGCCACGUACGGUCCUUUUUUUUUGCGUUGUUCUCAUUUUCCCAAUCUCUUUGCAUGUAGUUAACGACGGUAGUGCGAUGAUGCGGUGCGUGGAACACACUUUUUUUUUGUUUUGUACUGCGCAGUGUGAGUGUCUGCACCGGGCCACGUCUGGUCGUGCUCUCGAGUGCUGUAGGGCUUCACAAACUACGCGGUCAUUUCUUCCUUGCCUCCCUUCUCCGCGGUACUCUGCCCGACGUCGGAGAGCUACCGCGAAUGGAUUCCUCACUUCUCCUUUCAUCUCCGAGCGGUUUCUUUUCUGCGUGGUGCGAGCGAUGGAGCCGAGCGCGUUUUAA